UGUACAUACCGGUUCGUCCUCCGUUUUGUUACAGACACGGUCACGUUUUGCCCUGCAAUAAAAGGAAAUAAUUAUCGCCAUGGCUACCGUAUCAUGAGUAACAUUAACAUGACCAUGUAGUUGUUAUGAUCAGUUUAUCAACGGGAAAAUCAUUUGAAAUUUGAAAAAAAAAAUAUAUGGGAACAGUCUUGGCAAUAUGAUUAUUUGAAGGCAUUAUAUUGUUGAAUAAGAUGGACCCGGUGCCACUGGAGGUGCUGUGGUGCCAGUGCCAGGGCAAUGCCAGCGCCACGCCGCACAUGCAUCAGAUCCAUAGCCAGAUGGCCAAGAUGCACGCGGACGCCGCCCACCACGCCCUCUGCUACGUGGGCGUGGUCCUGACGCUGUACUUGCUAGGUCUCGUAGCCAUCGUCCGCCGGUCGGGGCGGUCCGAGCGCCAGGCGGCGGCGUCGGCGCUCUCCUCGUGCUUCUGCGGGGCCCUCUCCUCCGUCGGCCGAUUCGCCGCCUCCGUCGGAAGGCCGAGGGCGCGGCCGGAGCAGCAGCGGCAGCAGCAGCAGUUCAAGGCCACAAUAUCGCUGCCGCCGGAACCCCUCCAGCAGAUGCCAGGGGCGCCGCCCCCUCGCAUACACGGCGCAACCAAGCCUCCGGCGUUGCAGGUGCAUCUUGUUGUGCCCGACGACGACGACGAAAUGGAGAUCUCCAUGGUCACCUCGGUGGCGUAGUCAGACGUGGACUAAGCAGAAAUAAUAAUAAGAGAGAGAGAGAGAGAGAGAGAGAGAGAGAGAGAGAGAGAGAGAGAGAGAGAGAGAGAGAGAGAGAGAGAGAGAUG